GCCGACACUCGCCAUCAACCGUUUGUUCACCAUGUCACAGGGCAACACUGCAACACGGGAUUGGCUCAUGGAGUGGCAGAAGAUUGCGGCGGUGCCCAAUCUGGAAUUGGCAUUUACGCAUCUACGCCGUGAGUUCUACAACAGGUCCUGUGCGGCAUUGAGCCAGGCUCUUGGUGAUCGCGAGCAGUACUCAACCUUUGCUGAGAUCAUUGACAAGGCGAGGGAAAUCAUCAAGACCAACAGGUCAGCUGCACACGAGAAGUCCACAUGGCAGCCGACCUAUGUGGAGAAGGUACGAACUGGUCCGCGACAGCAGCACUUCGCUGCAGUCCAGUCGGACAGUGGAGAUAACCCAGCAGCCACUCCAACAUCAAGUGACGGAGAUCAGGUGGCUGUUGUCCAGCCGCGAAGCAACAACAAGUCCCGCAACAAUGGAAAGGCGAAAUCCGCAUCGCAGGCCGGAAAUGGACAGCCAGUACAAGUUCCAUGGGUCAAGUUCGGCUUGACCGAGGCGGAGUACAAGGUCCGCGGCCGCUACGGCAGCUGCUAUUGGCAAGGAGGAUGUGCGACCCCGCCUCAACUCGGGAAACUGAGUUCCUCGGAAGGUGAGGCGACUCCACCUUCCACUCCGCCAGAUUUGGCCGCCUUGCUAGCGGCCUCCUGCACAUCUGGGGAGGAUGCGAAUGUCGCAGGUUCUCGUUACACUUACGAGGACUAUGCUGUCCACUUGGUUCCACCGCUGGACCAACCGCUUCACGUGCAACAAUCCAUCGCAUGCACGGUUUCAUCACCAUCGGCAACCGAUUCGGCAACUUCGCCGCAAUCUAUCGUCGGGGAUUCAUCGUCGUGGUCAAGACUUGAAGUGCUCGACCCUCUGACGUUCACAGACUUCCAGUGGAUGCCCGUUCCCCCGACCGGACGAUUGUCGAAACCGCAUUGCAAUGUGCUCAUGGCACAACUGCGGGAUUACUUGCACACUGCAGUACCAGCUCCGUUGAUGGACGCCGGAGUAGAGGUUGUCGACCUUCACGCUUACAUUGCGAAGAUCGACCGCGAGUUCAAGACGCAACGGUACGACGACAUCGACGCACCAUUUUUAUAUGUACGCAUUCAGAUCGGAGAGGCGACCUGCAACGCCUUGAUCGAUUGCGGAGCAUCUCACAACUACAUCAGCCAGGACUUCAUGGUGCGCGCUGGCCUUGGCCCACGCGUCCGAAGGAAGUCCCCGCCUACGCAAGUCACGUUGGCGGACGGUCACACGCACAAGUCCAUCGACCGGUGCAUUGACAACGUCCUAGUGUACUUUGCCCCUCACGCAAGUGAGGCGGUGUCCUUUGACAUUCAAGACACCAAAUUUGACAUGAUCUUGGGCAUGUCAUGGCUGCGAAGCAAGGAUCACCCGCUGAACUUCUUCCACCGCACUGUUCACAUUCGUGAUCGGAACGGAGUACUAGUUCCAUGCACGGUGCCUCUUCCUCAUCCUUCGAUCAGCUGCCACGUGGUAUCCGCCGCAAGCAUGCGAGCUUCCAUCAUCAGAGACGACAUCGAGGAGAUGGGGGUGUGUUUUCUCCACGCCCUCCCGCCCCACGACGCUUCAUCGACGGACUCACCUUCGGACCCACGCAUCACCGAACUUCUCGACGCCUACAGCGACGUGUUCAAAGGCCCGCAUGGAUUAGUACCGGAUCGACCCAUCCGCCACGAGAUCAUCCUCGAGGACGAGGCCGUACCUCCGCGCGGUUGCAUCUACCGAAUGAGCGAGGAAGAGUUAAGUGUGCUUCGGGCACAACUCGGCGACCUUAUGGAGAAAGGCUGGAUUCGGCCUAGCUCAUCGUCAUACGGUGCUCCUGUUCUCUUCGUCCAGAAGAAGAACAAGGACCUGCGGUUGUGCAUUGAUUAUCGCAAGCUCAACGCGCAGACAAUCAGGAACGCCGGCCCUCUCCCACGCAUCAACGACCUUCUCGAGCGACUGGGCGCCGCCAAGUUUUUCUCCAAGCUGGACCUCAAGUCGGGAUAUCACCAACUCGAGAUUCGCAAGGAGGACCGUUACAAGACCGCGUUUAAGACGCAAUGUGGGCAUUUCGAAUGGCUGGUUAUGCCAUUUGGCCUUACGAAUGCCCCGGCCACUUUCCAAGCGGCUAUGGCAACGGAGUUCCGACAUAUGCUGGAUCGUUUCGUACUUAUCUACCUCGACGACAUUCUGGUCUACAGCCGGAGUUUGGAGGAGCAUGUGGAACACCUGCGCACCGUUUUGGAGCGGCUACAACAAGCCAAGUACAAGGCCAACCGCGGCAAGUGCGAAUUCGCACGACAGGAGCUGGAGUACUUAGGACAUUAUGUGACGCCGCAAGGCAUCCGUCCGCUUGUGGACAAGAUCGAGGCCCUACGAGUAUGGCCCGAGCCCACCAGCACCACGGACGUUCGUUCAUUCAUGGGAUUGGCGGGCUACUAUCAGCGAUUCAUCACCGGAUACUCAAGGAUUGCUGCACCUAUGACGAGGUUACAGUCGCCAAAGGUGCCAUUCGUAUUCGAUGACGACACACGCCGGUCAUUCCAAGCACUUAAGACGGCCAUGCUCAUGGCACCCGUCCUUAGCACCUAUGACCCCACCCUGCUGACGCGAGUGACUAGGGACGCUUCCUGCUAUGGCAUUGGGGCAGUCUUGGAACAGCACGACGUCGACGACUGGCACCCUGUGGAGUAUUUCUGCCACAAAGUGCCUCCCAUCAACUCGCUUGAUGAUGCAAGGAAGAAGGAGCUGCUCGCAUUCGUCAUGGCUCUCAAGCGAUGGCGGCACUUCCUCCUUGGGCGUCGUAGGUUCACAUGGGUUACGGACAACAAUCCAUUGACCUACAAGAAGCAGGAUACGGUGAGCAGCACGAUCGGACGAUGGAUGUACUUCAUCGACCAGUUUGACUUCACACCGAAACAUCUUCCCGGCCUCUCAAAUCGCGCAGCAGAUGCACUCUCGCGAAGACCUGAUCUUUGCGCUAUGACACAUCAUGCCUUCGCAUUCGACGAGAAGCUUCAGCGACACUUCAUCCGGGCAUACGAGUCUGAUCCGAACUUCGCCACGCUGUAUGCACAGCUAUCUGCGGAUCACCCGUCGGCCAGCCAUUACCGCAUUGUCGACGGGUACUUGCUCCUCUACUCGAGAGGCAAAGACUUACUAUGUGUCCCAUGCGACCAUCGUUUUCGGACUCGCCUCCUCGGCGAGUAUCAUGAUUCGCGACUCGCCGGCCAUUUCGGAGUCAACCGCACUAUUGCACGGCUUCGACAGCGAUUCCGAUGGCCUGACCUCAUUACCGAUGUCACUUGGUAUUGCGACUCGUGCGGAGUUUGCCGAUGCAGCAAACCCCGCAACCGCAAUCCCUAUGGCGAGUUACACCCGAUGCCUAUCCCACGGGAACCCGGUCUCUCCAUUGCCAUGGACGUCACCGGUCCGUUUCCCCGCGACCGGCUCGGGCACGACGGCAUCCUCACGGUUGUGGACCGAUUGAGUAAGUACGCGCGUUUUCUCCCUUGCAAGUACUACUCCAUGGCUUCCGAGCUGGCACGCCUCCUGCACACUGGUUGGAUUUGUGGCCACGGUGUACCAGAAGACAUUGUCAGCGACCGCGACACUCGUUUCAUGUCGACAUUUUGGAUUGCUCUCAUGCAGGAGUCCGGCACAACAAUGAAACCAAGUUCGGCUCGGCAUCCACAGACAGACGAGCAGACGGAACGGGCACAUCAAACCGCUCAAAUGAUGCUUCGUACGCUCAUCCGUCCGGACCAGAAAGAUUGGGUUGACCGCCUCCCCGACAUCGAGUUCUCCUACAACACUUCGGUGCAUCCGGUGAUCGUCGUGACUCCAUUCGAGUUGUACCACGGUGGACGGAAAGGCCGGAUCUUCGCUGACCUUCUCCUCCCUCGACCAGCCGACAUUGACGCUGCCUGCUCUCCCGCUUCCGUCCGGAAGUACAGGGAAUUGCUGACUCAAGCCCGCGCAAACAUGCAAAAGGCUCAAGUCCGCAUGCAGCAGCAAGCCAACAGGCGUCGCGUACCAUGUCCCAUCCGCGCCGGUGAUCUGGUUUGGGUCUCCGCGGAAGAGUUUGCACUGGAACAGGAUGUUUCACGCAAACUGCUUCCCAAGUGGUUUGGACCUUGGUCUGUGACAGCAGCCGCGGGCGAUGAGCCCGAUGGCCCUUCAUUUGUGAUCAACAUUCCAGAGCAUCUGACGGUCCAUCCGGUCUUCCACGCCUCGAAGCUGGCAACAUACACGCCAGCCAAGAGCGACGACUUUCCGGGCCGACGAUCGCAGGACCCUCCUUCUAUGGAUGGUCAUCAGGAACUUGACCGCGUCAUCACCGAUUGCAAGUAUGGCAGCAAGCCGCGGCAGUACAAAGUCAUAUUCAAAGCAUGCGAUCACGACGACACUCGGUGGAUUUCAGGCGCAGAUUUGAAAGCAUCCGCACCGCUGAUCUAUGCGCAUUAUGAAAGCGGAGGUUAGCUCAGGAAGCUUCACGACCAGCCCCUCCCACCCGGACUGUGGUCCCUCCCUCGGACAGACAGCUUCGCCCUCG